UUCUUUUGCCAAAUGUUAGAUGAAUGUUUUCUGAUACACUCCCCUGUAUUCAUUCAUUGCAGCUGAAGGGCUUAUAUAUGUGAGCUCCAGAUUUGAGUCCUCUAAGGAUGUCCCAUUCCAGCAUAACAGACUGGUCUUCCAGUAGAAGUGGUGAGCGUACCCCUCUUAGAAGCCGGGAAAACGAGCUCCUCCACUUAUCGAGUCCUUCGUCGAGGCUCAGCUCAAAGCCGCAGCUCUGUGGGGACGCUGUGAAAACCAGCAUGGCUAACCUUCGUCUCUGUGACACACAGACCCAGUUGGCCUCGUCUCCACUUGUUAAAGGGACCCCAGUCGUUCCAGAUCCUGCAGAAACCACUUGGGCGGUUUGUGGACUUGGAGAUGUCACGUUUAAGUCUUUGAAUUGUUCUGGGGAGGAAGUUGAGGUCCCAGGAUGGUUAGAUUGUGAAGGAAAUAGUUUGAUUUUGCCUGAAGUUGGGACCGUUGCUGUUGAAAUGGAGGAUACUGUUGGUUCACCCAGCAGGAUGGAACAGUCCUGCAGUGAGCAUGUAGAGCAUCCGUAUUCCAAUCAGCCAGAUUCCCCAAGUGGAUCUCAUGGAGACUCUACAUUCCAUGUCUGUGAAACAGAUGAGAAAGAUCUAACUUGGAAACCGUCUGCUUGUGAUGGAGGUGAGGUUGAAGUUUUUGACUCCUCUGGAUUCCAGGAGGAAACUGUUCCUCUGCCCCAUAACGACCUCAGGGAUUCAUCACAAGAUGACGGUCCAAACUCUGCUGAAGGCACACGGCCGUCUCCUGAGAAACAUGUUGAUCAUCUGUCCUGCAUCGGUGAAACGAGUCCCAGCUUUACGCCACUGGGAGCGGGAAAUCCCACUGAUGGACUAGCUGAUCUGACCUUGAAGCUGUUAAACUGCAGCGGUGGUGAGGUGGAAAUCUCAGAAGACGCCGAUCCUGCAGGUGACACCAUUCCCCUUUCACACACCAGUUCCGGCUUCAGUUCAUACAUUUGCGGCAUGGAUCCCAGUACUUUAGGCGAGGAAGAUGGCCUGGAAAGCUUUGAACAGCACUUAGACCAUCCCUACUAUGAUCCAAAAUAUUCCUCACCUGGCUUCGAUGAUCUGAAGGCUUUUCAGGACCUGUCGCCAUGUGGCGCUGAGGAAAGGAAAAUCGUAGACUGCGUAGAGCCCAAAGGUCAGGACGAAGGUAGUGGUUUGAGCUCCGACAGAGUAACGGUAGAUGAUGCUGGGAAAUCAGACGAUUCCCAGGCGCCUGAGACGGUCUCCCAUCCACAGCAGGACCGUUAUAAUCCGGACUCUGUGGUCGAUUCAUCUGAAAAUCGCUCUGAUCAAGCGGAGAUGAUGGCGGGUGAAGAAACUGUAUCGCCUAUAAAUGCAUCCCUGACUAACCAGUCAUUGGAAGCUGUGGAAGCUCACUCUGAGAGUGCAGACCGUCCUGAAGGUUCUCCUUUAUCCUCAGUCGUCCCCAGAACCAUGCAUCCUGCUUCAGCACAGACUCCUUUUCAUGAAGGCGUGCAGCAACAUUUGGAUUCUGUGCCCAGCUCCACUUCUAAGCCUCCUGAAGCUGGCGAGUUGAAGGACGUGGCGCCCGCCUCUUUGGGCCCCACACCCUGCAGCCCUGCAGAGAAACACGCAUCCCCUAAUGUUUUGAAGAUGUUAUCAGAGUGUCCCUCAGUCGCCUCAGCUCUGCAGCUCUUCAGUCCCAUCGUCAAGAGAACGCCUCAGUCCUUCCGCAAGCUUCCCUCAGACUCUAAGUUUUUGUCUGAAGAUUUAGCUAUUGAGGAUGAGAAAGGUAUGGCGGCUCCUGUUAAUGUUGACCUUGCAGGUUUGCUCGCUGAGCACCUCGAAAGCCCAAUGCCCCGGCCUCUGUUAAACUCCACAGAGUUGGACGUGCAGCCGCAGCCAGGCUCAGCUGCAGGACCGGAAGAUUCCAGGAAGAAGCCGCCGACCGAAGCCGCCCCACCGGAAUCCGAAGGCCAGUUUCAGCAGCAGCUGCGGCAGAUGGCAGAGCUCCUCUACGAGGUCUGUGGGAAGAUGGGCUCGGCUCCACCCCCUGCUGCCUUCAUGCCUCCUCCGGCCAAAGCUGCUCCUGCAGAAUCCCACAGCAUCGCCGUGGGCACCAGUCCUGUGAAAACGAUGGACCACAGUCUGAACACAUCUGGAAUAUUUGUGAGGAGGAGGGAAUUCUCUGUGGCCGAUUCCAGCACCAUGACCGACACGUCCAUGUGGAAUUUCAGUUUGCCACCAGGGGGCCUGCAGAGCCUCCCCCGAGAGGAGCUGGAGCAGCGGCUGAUGUCCAGCAUGAUCAUGGUGGAGGUCUUAAUUCAGCAGAUUGCUGCAGCCAAGGCACACGGUCCGUCUUCAGGCCCUCCUCCUUCGGACCUGAGAGAAAAACUGGUUCAGACCGACCACACUGAGCUCAGUCAGACCACAAUGCACAGAGAGCUCUACUUGGAGGCUCUGAGCAGGAUAGAUGAACUGGAGCUGGAUGUUGCUUCUCUGCAGAACCUCAUCCAGGCUAUCCAGCACAUGAGAACUACCAUGUCCUCUUUGAAGAGUGACACGGAUGCAGCUCUGUCCAGCCUGCAUGAAAUGGGUGAAACAGUCAGAGAGGACCAUCGCAGCAUUGCCUCACAUUACGAGCACAUAAAGUCCUUGAUGGGGAAGAUGAAGGAAUCCCAGGCGAGAAUGCUGGAGAAGGUAAAGGAAGCAGUUCAACAGAGGAAUGACAUGAGGACUCUGAUGGAAGAAGCUGCUACAGCCAAGGAGGCAGCUUUCUGUGUCAUGGAUCAGCUCAGGAUGCACUGUGCCUCUGAAAUCUCAGCUCUGGAGAAAUGUGUUGGAUCUCAGCAGGAGCUCUUAGCUGCUCUAAACCAAGUUUAUCCAAAACAGGUUGCACUGAAAGAGGCCUGCAACGAGGCACUGAACUCAGCCUCCAAUCUUUUAUCUGAGACUACAGAGGAACACUCCAGUUUGAUGAAUGAGCUCUGCACUGUAAGGAGCCUCCUGAAGAAAACCUCCCCGAUACUGGUGCUGCUGAAAGACAAAGCUGCUGCUGCUCUGAGGGAGAGGGACCAGCAUUGCUCUGCAAGAGAACAAGCCAUUGAAGAGCGAGAGCAGAUGGAAGAGGAGCUGAAUGAAACCCAUCUGAAGCUUCAAACUGCAACGCAACAGAACAGUGAUUCAAAACUGCAAAUCACAAUUCUGACAUCCGAGAUGGGCGUCCUGCGACAAAAGCUGAUGGACAAAGACGAGGAGACGGGUCAGCUGGAGAGGAAGGUGACAGAGCUGUCUGCUACCACUUCCUCCACCUUGGCGUCCUACACCUUCCUGGAGCAGGCGCUCGCCGCAGAAACCACAAAGCUGCAGCAGUCUUGGCAAGACUUGCAUCAGGCUAACGAGAGGGAAAGUCAGCUGAAAGCAUCUCUGGAAGAUUCGGAGCAGCGGGUUUCUGAGCUGAGUCGGGCCCUGGCUGAAAACGAAGACCUGCUGGCUGAGCUGCAGAACCUCUCCCAGUCUCAAAGCGCUCAGAUCCAGCAGCUCCAGGACGUCUGCACACAACUGGGUGGCGUGCGGGAUAUGAACGAGUUUUUGCAGAAUGAGAACGAGUUUGCGAGGGAGCAAGUGGUGGAGAGUGAGAAGAUGCUGAGGAACACGCUGCAGGGGCUCCGAGAAAGGAACAUUGAGUGUGAAGACCUGAAAGCUGAAGUCUCCAAACUUCGGGUUGAGAACAAGAGUCUGUGUGAAGAGUUGGAAAUCGCCAGAUCUGCAGCCAGAGCCGCUUGCAUGGAGCUCAAAGAGAAGAUGGGGCAGGCGGUCACUGAAGUAGUAGUGCUGCAUCACACGCUGCGGGAAGUGACCAAGGAGCUGCAGGCUUCUCUAGGCAACCAGACAGAAAAUCAACACAAGCACGAAGAGUCUACUGCGUUUCCCUAUGCAGAGCGCAGGCAUCCGUCCUGCUCCCUGGUGGACAGCGUCAUGGUGGCUUUAACUGGCGAGAAGGAGGAAGACGUCAGAACAGACUCGCCUUCCGAUACACCAGAGCCACAAAGUGAAGUUUUCUGCAGCGAGACGAGUGCCUUCACCCGCAUCGGGACCCCGAAGAAGAACUCUGAUGCAGUCCAGGAUGAAGAAGAAGAAGAGGAGGAGGUGGAGAGCUCUGUGGCCGAGCUCCUCUCUGGGCUGAGCGGCGCCGUCACAGAGCUCAUCAGCACGCUGAAACUGGUGCAGCAGCGCAGAGACGAGAAGCUGCAGGAGCUGAACAACACCAUCUGUGGCCUGCAGGUGGAGCAGCAGACCUUGACCAGCAGACAUCAAGCAGAGGUGCUGGAGCUGAAACAGGAGCUGCAGCAUUUGAGUAGCCUGGCAGAGAGAGGAAAACAGGCCCUGGAGCAGAAAGCGCAGGAUGAGAAAACACUAACAAAGCUGAUGGCAGACGUCCAAGAGGCACAGGACAUCCUAAGCAAACACAAGAGUGACAACAAUGACUUGCGAAAGGACGUGACGGAGCUGCGUCGUGCUCUGAAGGAGUCCCGCGUUGAAUCCCAGGUCCUGUGGGAGGAACUGGGGAAAGCAGGCGUAGCAUCGGCGCACCCGGUCAAUCACAUGGAGGAGAAGAUCGAGCUGCUGAAGAAGGUGGAGAGGCUGAAGGCAAGUCUCCAGGAAGCAGAGCAGGCCAAAGUUAAAAUCCUGGAGAGAGCAAAGAGACACCAAAUCAUCCAUCUGACCAACCAGCAGAAAAUGGACGACGAGCUCCAGAUGUUGAACAGCAUGCUCAAUAAAGUCAGAGAGACUCUUCUCUCGCUGCCAGAAGUGGUGAAGCAUUGCGAGCAUCUGCAGCAGCUGGUGGAAUACAUCGGCUGACUCUAGUCUGAUCGCCGGUCCGUUUGAAAUAUUUAUGUUUGUUUGGUGUUUUUUACUUGUUUAUUAUCCUAAUAAAAGAAGGAACCUUUUAACAUGUACUGUGA